GAGAACCACCGAGGGCCCUUCCCCAUGAAGCUGGUGCAGAUCAAAUCCAACAAGGACAAGGAGACCAAGGUUUUCUACAGCAUCACGGGGCAGGGGGUGGACAGCCCCCCCGUGGGCGUCUUCACCAUCGAGCGUGAGACGGGGUGGCUGGAGGUGACGCAGCCGCUGGACCGCGAGGAGAUCGGGAAAUACGUCCUCUUCUCCCACGCCGUGUCGGCCAACGGGCAGCCCGUGGAGGACCCCAUGGAGAUCAUCAUCACGGUGACCGACCAGAACGACAACAAGCCCGUCUUCACCAAGCAGGUCUUCGUCGGCUACAUCGAGGAGAACGCGAAGCCGGGCACCUCCGUGAUGACCGUGAACGCCACGGACGCGGACGACGCGGUGAACGUGGACAACGGCAUCAUCAGAUACUCCAUCGUCAGCCAGGAGCCGCCACACCCGCACCACCAGAUGUUCACCAUCGACCCCCAGAAGGGCGUCAUCAGCGUCCUCGGCACGGGGCUGGACCGGGAGACCACCCCCAACUACACGCUGAUCGUCCAGGCCACGGACCAGGAGGGCAAGGGGCUGUCCACCACCGCCACGGCCGUCAUCGAGGUCACGGAUGCCAACGACAACAUUCCCGUCUUCGACCCCACCAUGUACGAGGGGACGGUGGACGAGAACGAGGUGGGGCUGGAGGUGGCCAGGCUGCACGUGACGGACCAGGACAUGCCGGGCUCCCCGGCCUGGCAAGCCGUCUACCGCAUCAAGAGCGGGGACCAGGACGGCGCCUUCAGCAUCGCCACCGACCCCAACACCAACGACGGCAUCCUGAGGACCGCCAAGGGCCUGGACUACGAGACCAGGAGCCGCUACGACCUCGUGGUGACGGUGGAGAACAAAGUCCCCCUCUCCGUGUCCCUCGGACUCUCCUCGGCCAGCGUCCUGGUGCUCGUCAGGGAUGUGAACGAGCCCCCCGUCUUCGUGCCCCCUGUCAAGAGGGUGGAGGUGCCGGAGGACCUGCCGGUGGGGCACGAGGUCACGUCCUACACGGCCCAGGACCCCGACAAGGAUCAGAGGAACAAGAUCACGUACCGCAUGGGCAGCGACCCCGCGGGGUGGCUGGCCAUCCACCCCGAGAACGGCAUCGUCACGGCCGUCCAGCCGCUGGACCGCGAGUCGGUGCACGCCAUCAACAGCACCUACAAGGCCAUCGUCCUGGCCGUGGACAACGGGGUGCCGGACGCAACCGGCACGGGGACGCUGCUGCUGCUCCUCCAGGACGUGAACGACAACGGGCCCACGCCGGAGCCCCGGAUCUUCGACAUCUGCAGCCGGCAGCCCGAGGAGCAGACGCUGACCAUCGUCGACAAGGACCUGCCCCCAAACACGUACCCCUUCCAGGCAGCGCUGGAGCACGGCUCCAGCAACAACUGGACUGUCGAGCUGUCCGGCCAAGACUCGCUGAUCCUGAAACUGAACAAGGAGCUGGAUCCCGGGGAGUACAGCAUCUUCCUGAAGCUGACGGACAGCCAGGGCAAGGCGCAGGUGACACAGGUCAAAGCCCAGGUGUGCGAGUGCGAAGGGGCAGCCAAAAACUGUGAGCGGAGAGCGUUCAUCGCCAGCGGCCUGGGCGUCCCCGCAAUCCUGGGCAUCCUGGGGGGCAUCCUGGCGCUGCUGAUCCUGCUGCUGCUGCUGCUGCUCUUCGCCAAGCGCCGCAAGGUGGUGAAGGAGCCGCUGCUGCCGCCCGAGGACGACAUGCGGGACAAUGUCUACCACUACGACGAGGAGGGUGGCGGCGAGGAGGACCAGGACUACGACCUCAGCCAGCUCCACCGCGGCCUGGAUGCCCGCCCCGAGGUGAUCCGCAACGACGUGGCCCCCCCGCUGAUGGCAGCCCCCCAGUACCGGCCCCGGCCCGCCAACCCCGAUGAGAUCGGAAACUUCAUCGACGAGAACCUGAAGGCGGCUGACACGGACCCCACGGCCCCCCCCUACGACUCCCUGCUGGUCUUCGACUACGAGGGCAGCGGUUCGGAGGCCGUCUCGCUCAGCUCCCUCAACUCCGACUCCGACCAGGACCAGGACUACGACUACCUCAACGAAUGGGGCAACCGCUUCAAGAAGCUGGCGGAGCUCUACGGCGGCGGGGAGGACGACGACUAGGCUGCCCCGGCCCUCCUGCUGGCCCGCAGCCACGCAGCGAAGGCAGCUCUUGCCAUUUCUUGGACAUGCACUGGCCCUUGUGCACCCAGUGUGGUGGGUGGCCAAAGCCCCCUCUGACAUCCCUGGAUCGAUCACUCACAACCCUCUCC